CGUCGUUGGACCUGUUUGUGGCUCUGUAGCUUAGCUCGUAAUUUGUCAUUGUUAGAACCUGAUUCGCUUCCCGACUCAGUGCUUCUCUCCUUAGGGUGAAGUCCUGGCGCUACCCUAGCGACAGACCACUUGCCAACAGCCAUUCGUCUGGGACGACAUGGCUAGUUAGCAUGGUUAGGGUCAAUCGGACGGACGCACUGACAUACCUCCAAUUAUCGCAAACAAGACAGGAUGUCUUGACUCCAUGCCUACUCACUGCAGCAGGUGUUGGUUGAGUCUGGGAGGGUAUCCACCUUUUUGAGUAGAGUCUUUUCGAAGUCUCGUGCCUUGUGGACCCGUCCCGUGUUCUUAUGCUAUUUCAACAUACGAAACACUGCAUUCCCUGACCACAUAAGGACUCUGGCAGCAUCGCAUCUCCAGGAAUAAGGGUGAAAUACUCACAGCUCCUCUUCACUAGUUAUCUUAAAUGAACGGCACAACAGUACAAGCUUUGUCCACACUGCAUGAGCAGGGCUGGGCACCUCGAAUUUCAAUCACAGUAAACACUCCCACCCCCUUAGACGCCGGAGGCUCCCAAAGGCCAUCAAAUGGUGGUGCUUGGAGUCCGCUGCAGGAGCUCAGCGGGGUGGUAAGUCUUACGAGCAGGGAGCCGCUCACCAUAAAACAUGCUCAAAUCAGUUUUGAAGGCGAAACUCGAGUUCAUACUCAAAGUGUCAGCAAAGAGGACCAACGAAGAAUUGUAACCCGGAAAUCAAGAUACAAGUUCCUAACUCAAUCACUCGACCUCGACAAUUUGGAACGGUCAAAUCCCCCCGAGGCUGGAUUUUGUCAUUAUUCUUCUCAGUUUCAUUUUAUUAUUUCCAAGUGGGUGACACCAAGAAGCGGGAGUGCCCCGCGGCAGUGUCUUACUCUUCCACCAACCUUUUGUCAUGGACCUAUCUUGACAGAUGAUGCCGACAAUACCACCUACGCUCAACCGCUGAUCGAAUACAAUCUUAGAAUUGUAGCGGUUUUCACCGACUCACACGCAACGGGAGGGGCCGUCAAAGUAUCUGACCAACUGGAAAUCCACAUUCAGGCCGGCCCCGAGGUCUUUCCUCCUUGCGAUACCGAAGACUGGUUCAGUGACCUUGUGACCAAGCAAAGCCAUUCGCUUCGACCGUCCAUCUUCAGCUUCCAAAAAUACACGAUGAAUGUCAUCGCUCAUGAGCCUUCUCCAGUCCUGAUGGUUGUGGCCCAUCCAUUCGAGACCACAGAAGUAGUAAUUCGCGUCGUCGUCACAGCCUCACCACGCAACGUUGAUAUAGGGGCGUUCGCUACGUUUCUGCAAAGAAUCGGGUUCAAAAUCAUUCCAGGACUGCGAGCAAAAACGUUUUAUUCCACGCAGCCGUUCCCAAAACUCCCUGCGCAAGCUCUUCUGACGGUUGAUGGGCCCCAUCGACUUCACGAUCAGAUCCUAAAGUUGGAGCAGGUUGAUCGAUCCUUGACCUCUUGGCGACUCGUGGCAACUAACGCCGCGCCAUUAAGUGACAGAGGAGCCAUCGUUAGGUCAACAAUUGGACACAAAAUCCAUCCUCCAAGGAGCGAUCCAACGCCACCGGCGGAGUGGCAUAGUGAGAUAUCUUUCAGCAUCAAGUUGCCUAACGACGUUACGCCGACUUUUUGUAGCGCCAUUGCAGCGAGACAAUAUAGUCUCAUCAUCCUGCUGAAAGCAUCUGGUAUCAGCAUCGAAAACUUCGUUCUCGAAGUGCCGAUCCAGCUUGUGUCAGCUCCCACUCUUUCAAACUCAGUCUACUGGAGUGAUUCAGGAGAUGGUCUCUCAAAUGUCUAUGAACCCGAGCAUUUGGAUUAUGAGCAGGACUCAUGUAAAGUGAUCUACGAUGAUCCACCACCAAAGUAUAUAUAGUUCAAUUGUGCGAGAAAGAUACCGAACAAAUGAUAGCCGCAGACAAGAUGCCACCUUAUAAGUAAUGCCACCCAUUCCCCAAAAGGCUCUCUGUUCCCGGCGAUGUCGGAAGAGAGAGAACGGAAUAUAAUCAUCACGCGGCAGCACCCAUGGAAGGAGCGAUUCACAUGACAGGCCCGUGAAUGACUCUAAGAGCGAAGAGUUGGGCUGAAGGUGACAUUUUAACCGUUUUCGCCUCUAAAUCUGGCCAUUCAGAGCGAAUCUUGAUUUCAAUUGAUUCCUAUACUAAG